UAAAACUGGACCAAACGUUAUAAUAAAAUAAAAGUAAAAAAAAAACAGUUCCUCAAUUUUUUAGUAAAAUUACCAUUCAAGAAAGUGUAAGCUCCAAGUUAAGUUAGGGUUUUUGAGUAACGUCCAAGUUUUAAGACUUGGUAUAAAAACAUAGUUUCGUUCAUUGUUAAAAACUCAAGAGCAAAUAUUAUUGACUCAAGACAAGUUUUUUUCAUUAACUAUUCUUUUAUCGAAUCUCUCUUUUCUCUCUCAAUCAUCAUGAUGAAACAGUAUUUGUCCAAGGUCACCGAGUUCUUUAAGGCUCCUAUGACCAACGGUAUGGCUCUUGGUUCAGCGGCCGUCGCAGUUAUGGCAAGUAAGCGAGACCUUCUCAUGGAUCACUUAGCCACGAAGAAGAAGGAGUACUUGAAGGAGGAGAAGUCGGCGACGGGCUUGAAGGAGAACGUGGUGGAGGCGGCUAAGAUGGAGUCGGCGACGGACGUCAAGGAGAACGCAGAAUAGAGGACUAGCGUUAAUGAGUUUUAAUUUGAUGUUUUCUAGUUUGAUCAGUUUUGUGUUUUUUUUAAUCGUUCUUUUAAGUUUUAACAUCGCUGGCUAAUGAUGUUUAGAGUCAAAACUUGAUAAUAACUAAUACUGUUUCUAUAUCUCAA